UGAUGAACUAAAAUGUUUGUUUAUGCGGCUUGUUACCAAAAUAAGGUUUAAAUUUCCUAUAAAAUGAGUGAAAAAAGGCGAUUCGUGUGCAUUAAUUGUGGCCACAGAGUCAAAGAACUAUUCAAGAAAUACAGCAAUUCCCUGAAAACCACACAAUGCGAUAAAUGUCACCAAACUACUGAUAAAUACAUCGAGUUCGAGGAGUUUAUUAUAUUAAUAGAUGCACUUUUGCUGGAUUCGGGGGCCUUUCGCCAUAUAAUAUAUAAUGGAGACUUUAAGUUAUAUUGGAAGAUUUCGCUGGUGGUGCUGCUCCUGGAAUCCUUUGCUCUGUGCCGCCAAAAACUGCCCGACCAUUCGGAUGCCUCUUUACAUGUACACGAAAAGGGUUUCUACACAUAUACCCUUCAAAAUAUUGGAGAUUACCUUUUUAUGACACUAUUGCUGCUGAUAAUUACAGCCACUCUCAGUAUUGAUUGGAUGAAGAAGAUGGGUCUUCGCAGUUUCACUUUAAUUAUCUUCAAAGUGGUGCUCAUUUCCAACCUAUCCAAGUUCUUCCUUCUGCCCAUUUUGGUGUGGCGCAAUAACACGACCGUUUUCGGACGGAGUUUGCACCAUGUCCUGGUCAUGGGCCAUCACCUCUGCUCCCUGGUCAUCGCCUACGAGGCGGUGGGAGCAACUAGGAAGGAUCUUCGAUGGUGGGCCCUUAUAUUGGUAGUUAUUGCCUUCGCCUUUAAGGAAUCCGCUAGGCAGUUUGUCUCACUAUUGCUGGAGGAGCAGUUUACGUAAAGGAGAAUUGUUAAGGCAAUUUAUUUUAUAAAAGGCUGAAAAUAGAAAACCAAAUUUCCUAUGUACGACGUUAUUGCCAAAUAAAGUAAUACUAAUUA